AAUGAGCGAGCGCGUUUAGCAGAGCGCUCUAAAGCGCAGGCCUGUGUACACAAGUCUGGUUGCACAACUUUCGAGUAACCAAUGCCUACUACGGAUGGGCCGGAACUGAGUUCAACGCAAAAUACAAAUGUGCUUUUUCUAGCUACAUUGUUCCACACGUAUAGGAGGAUCCCUUAAUUGAAUGGUUACUGCAUAUUCUAAAUAGUAACAUUAUGGCUCAAUCGCAAUGUUUGGACGAUUCACCUGAAAGGUGGCCGUCAACAAGACAGGGAAAUUAUUUGAAUGUACAGGAGUUGUACAACGAAAAGCACCGAUUAGCGUUAGAGGAGCUUAUUUCAGGUGGAGUUGAUUCCUUUCUGGAUUUUCUAAAAAAAGAACAAAUUCCGAACUUUCUCUCAGAUGACGAGAUCAAACAGAUUGGCCGUGUUGCGGCGGUCCCACGCUGUGUGUCCCUUCAGGGUGAAGACGUGAUCAUUGAGCAGUCGGUAAGUAGCUCCAUGGACUGCUCCUCGGUGACUUACUUCCCAGAGGUCUCAGACGUGGAGCCACCGCUGUUGGAAAUCGGCUGGCCCGCCUUUACAUCGGGCUCUUACCGAGGAGUCACUCGCGCUGUCGCACACUUCCAACCCAGCUAUGGGGAAUGCAUCUAUAGUUGUAAGGAAGCUGCGAGAAGAAUGAUCAAAAGUGCCAAGGAGGUGAUUGCCAUAGUGACAGACUCGACAGACCUGGACAUAUUCAAGGAUCUUCAAGAGGCGUGCACGCAGCACAGAGUUCCAGUCUACAUCCUGCUGGAACACUCCUGUGUUCCCGCAUUCCUCAAAAUGUGCAACAACAUCAAUGUGCGCCUGGACGAGCUUCUGCAAAUGCGAGUGAGGACCAUAACUGGUGGUACGUACUUCAUGAGAUCAGGGGCCAAGAUUACUGGAAAGGUACAUGAACGGUUCAUGUUGAUUGAUGGGAACCGAGUGGCUACAGGCUCCUACAGGUUCAAUUGGACUGAUGGUAAACUAAACAGCAGCAACCUGAUUGAGUUGUCUGGCCAGAUCACUGAGAACUUUGAUGAGGAGUUCCGCAUCCUGUAUGCUCAGUCCAUGCCUGUUAUUACCAGGGGCCCAGCCAGUGCCCGAAUCAGUCGCAUCUACGACCACCUGCUCAUCAAACUCCCCGUCACGUCAUCCCCUCAGCCGGCCAGAGAAAGGCCCCCAGUCGAGUCUGUCUGUCUGGAAGUAUUGGACAAAAUUGUCUGUCUGACCAGCACACCCAGCCGGGCCCAGGCUGUGGCAGUGCUGCCCCCCAGAGAGGACACUGGGGCGAGGGGCCAUAAGAGCAGCCCGGUCUCAGACUCCUCCACCAUAGGGGAAGACUGGAUGGAGCAGCAGCACAUGCAGGAGAUCCUGUCUGGAAGUGCUGCCCAGUGCCUGCCUACAGGUGACCCUGCCACUGUUACAGCAGCAGUGGAUGUGCUGGUCACACCCCUCGUCACUCCUUGUCAUGUCUCCACCCAGACCAGCUUCACCACGGUGGACAGUGGAGUGCAGACAGAUCUGACUCGGUACACUAACCUUCUCUCCCCCAACAAGGCUACAGUUACCCACUUUGCCACCACCAAUAACCAGACCGACAACAUCCAGAAUGAAGCUGCCUCCUCAGAUUCCAUCUCUACCUCCCCCAGGCAGCACCUCGCCCCCCAUGGGGUGGACCGUCGCCCUGCAAUCCGUCACUGUACCUCGCCCCCCGAUGGGAACCUGAGGGAGUGCUUCCACAAGCUGACCAAAGAGCGUCAGUAUCACUACUCCAACAUCCGCUCCAAGCUGGAGCACAUGGGGACCAUGCUGUCCCACCGCCGUGAGCUAGUAGACCUCACCAACAUGGCCCUGGGGCCCGGGCUGCAUAGAGCAUGCAAGUCCCAGAAAGAGUGGGAACAGAGGCAGGGGCAUAACCCUGGCCUGCUGAUGGACAGUGUGGGCAUGGACCCUUGGCCAAGGGCCAGAUGUUUACAAUAAAAUAACUUAUUGAGCUGCAGGGCCUUGGAGAUGAUGGGUGUUGUGGAAAGGGUUCUGUGUUUCGUAGGUAUACACUGCCUGAAACAAAUGGGUUUAAAGGGCCAUAUGAAAUAUCUGAGGCUUAUUCUUCCUUAGUCUUAAGAUUUAGAAAGUACACUACAUGGCCAGAAGGAUGUGGACACCCCUUCAAAUUGGUGGAUUCGGCUAUUUCAGCCACACCCGUUGCUGACAGGUUAAUGAAAUCUAGCACACAGCCAAGCAACCUCCAUAGACAAACAUUGGCAGUAGAAUGGCCCAUCCUCAAGAGAUCAGUGACUUUCGCCACCUUUCCAACAAGUAAUUUCAUUACAUUUCUGCCCUGCUAUAGCUGCUCCAGUAAAAACUGUAAGUGCUGUUAUUGUGAAGUUGUUUCUAGACGUUUCCACAACGGCUCAGCCGUAAAAGUGGUUGGCCACACACGCUCACAGAACGGGACCGUAGAGUGCUGAAGCACGUAGCAUGUCAAAAUCUGUUGCAACACUCACUACCGAGUUCCAAACUGCCUCUGGAAGCAACACCAGCACAAGAACUGUUCAUUGGGAGCUUCAUGAAAUGGGUUUCCAUGGCCGAGCAGUCACACACAAGAUCACCAUGCACAAUUCCAAGCAUCGUCUGGAGUGGUGUAAAGCUCACAAAUCUGGGUUUGGAGUACACUACCUGCAUGAGUGCAUAGUGCCAACUGUAAAGUUUGGUGGAUGAGGAAUAAUGGUCUGGGGCUGUUUUUCAUGGUCCGGGCUAGGCCCCUUAGUUCAAGUGAAGGGAAAUCUUACGCUACAGCAUACAAUGACAUUCUAGAUGAUUCUGUGCUUCCAACUUUGUGGCUACAGUUUGGGGAAGGCCCUUUCCUGUUUCAGCAUGACAAUGCUCCCAUGCACAAGGGGUGGUCCAUACAGAAAUGGUUUGAUAAUAUCCGUGUGGACGAACUUGACUGGCCUGCACAGAGUCCUGACCUCAACCCCAUUGAACACCUUUGUGAUGAAUUGGAAUGCCGACUGCGAGCCAGGCCCAGCUGCCCAACGUCAGUGCCUGACCUCACUAAUGCUCUUGUGGCUGGAUGGAAGCAAGUCCCCGCAGUAAUGUUCCAACAUCUAAUGAAAAGCCUUCCCAGAAGAGUGGAGGCUGUUAUAGCAGUAAAGGGGGACCAACACCAUAUUGAAGCCCAUGAUUUUGGAAUGAGAGAGUCUACGAGCACGUGUCCACAUACUUUUGGCUAUGUAGAGUAUGUGUUAUUGUGAUGCAGCCUUCCUCUUGUUAUUGUCAACCUGUCCCCUUUCUUUCAACCCUGUUUGAACAUGACUACUAGAAAUUGACAUGAAAUGGCAAGAGAUCGGCCACAGAUAGACUGUCAUUUGCCUUGACCAUUUUUGCCACGAAAUGGUACGUUUUUAAGCACGGACAUUGUGCAAUAAGACACAAUCUGUAUAGUUUUUAUGAAAAUAUUUUAUUGAACCAUGAUUGUCCAAUGAUUCAUUUGAGAAACACUAAGUACAAUUUCAUAAAUUGAUAUUUUAUGGCAAUUUUAAGUGAGCCAUUUUGUCUGCUGUAACUAAACUUAAUUAUGCUGGAUUCUAACAUGCAGUCUAACUUAACCUGAGUACUGAGAAAGUAUAGGUUUUAUGAUAUCGAUUGAUGUACUUCAUUGCUGACACAUGGAAAUAAAGGAGUACUUGAUUUAUAUUA